AUGGGAUCUUCCGAGGAUCUUGCGAAGGCGGGUGAAAUUCCACCGCAAAUUAGUCCUCUGCUGAAUUUAGAGCAAAUAGCUUCUGAAGUAUGUGAGCUAAUAGGGCCUAUUCGUUCCCCCAUUGGUUACCAAUGGGGUGGACCAACACCAACAUGCUUGGGUGAUAUCAUUUCUCUUAGAGAUCUAUUUGUUGACUCCAACAAGUUAAUUGGCUCAAUUUCCUCAACCUUCACAAGGCUUAUAGAUAUCUUGCAUCUAAACUUGUCUUCCAAUUUUCUCACCAAGGCUCUCCAAGUUGACAUUGGAAAGUGGAAGGUUGUUACAAUUAUUGAUUUUUCCAAAAAUCAAUUAUCAAGUGAAAUUCCAAGUAGCAUUGGUGAUCUUGAAGACCUAACUUAUCUUUCAUUAUCUGGUAACAAAUUGUAUGGGUCUAUACUUGAGUUAUUUGGUGGGUUGAUAGUAUUGGAAUUCUUGGAUCUAUCAAGGAAUAAUUUUUCUGGAAUUAUUUCCAAGUCCUUGCAAAAACUCUUGCAUCUCGAGUUGAACAUUAUGAUUGAUGUGGUCUCCACAAUAGAAUACCUCCAUCAUGGUCAGACCAUUCCUGUGGCCCAUUGUGAUUUAAAACCCAACAAUGUUCUAUUCGAUGAAGACAUGGUUGCACAUUUGGGUGAUUUUGGCAUUGCAAAGCUGCUAGAUGAAAAGGAUUCAACAGUACAAACCAGAACACUAGCAACAAUUGGGUAUAUGGCACAGGUAAUGCUUAAACUUUUAGACUUUUCUUUUAUCCAUUAUGAUAAUUCAGGUAAAAUCAUUGCAUACUUUGACGAUGGUUUUAAUCACUUACAUGUAGAAUACGAAACACAAGGAGUUGUUUCCAUAAAAGGUGAUGCAUAUAGUUUUGGUAUUCUUCUAAUUGAAACCUUAAUAAGAAAAAAGCCCACAGAUGAAAUGUUUGUUGGAGAAAUGAGCUUAAUACAUUGGGUGACUGAGUCAUUAUCAUGUGCGUUAACUCAAGUUGUAGAUGCCAAUUUGCUAAUUAGUACCAAGGAUCGAGAACAUUUUGCAAUGAAAGAUUGUACAUUGUCUAUUUUGCAAAUGGCAUUAGAAUGUUUAGUAGAGUUGUCAGAAGAGAGGAUUGACAUGAAAAACAUUGUUGCUCAGUUGAAGAAGAUCAAAAUCAGGUUUUUGAAGGAUUCGAACAAGCAGGCUUGA